UAAGGAGGACGAUUCUGUAAAUUUACAUUUUCCUGCAAAUCGCUCCCCUUUCCCUCUCUUCAUCUGUAGUCGCCAUAUCCAUAGAGCUCCUCUCUCUCUCUCUCUCUCUCUCUCUCUCGUGUUGAUCAGUCGGAAUUAGGGCUAACAUUCGAAACCCUAAUUCACCUCUUUCUAAACCCAAAUGAUGCAUGUCGCAAUUUCAAUGGCGAUUCAAUGAUGCUCCUAUUUAUCUCAAUUCCAUACAUUACACAAUGUAAACACUCUUAAACCUGCUCUCCAAUUCCUCUGCACAAUCCCAUGGCCUGUCACUGCGCUUUAGGUACUCCAUUCUUUCCAUCUCUUCCUUUUCUUCAUCUUCCAAGAACUCGAAGAUCAAUCAAACACCCACUUCACUUUUACGGAUCAAUUACUUGCCGAUUAGAGAGCUCUGAAACUGAAAACGAAUCAAAACCAAAAAAAAUUCACUUAGAUAUACUCAAACUCUCUGUGACCCUCACAGUAAUCUCAGCUUCACUGCCACAACCCUCCAUAGCAGCGAAAGUAUCCGAAAGAAAGCGUUCGGCGAAGAAGACCGAAGCUUUAUCGCCUGAAGAAUUGAAAUCAUGGUCACAAGGACUCCCCGUGGUGUCCAAUCGGAUGCCCUAUUCGGAAAUAUUGAAUUUGAAACGAGAGGGAAAGCUUAAGCAUAUAAUUAAACCCCCGGCCGUAGGUUUAAAGCAGCGGCCGGGGGUGGUUUUAGCGGUUUUAGAAGAUUCUAGUGUUUUGAGGAUAGUGUUGCCAUCAUUAGAGACCGAUAAGAAGUUUUGGGUCUCUUGGGAUGAGUUGGGUAUUGAUUCAAUUUGUGUCAAUGCAUAUACUCCGCCCGUUAAGAAACCUGAGUUACCGUCUCCUUAUUUGGGGUUUUUGUCAAAGAUUCCGGUUUGGAUGGUUUCAUUUUUGAAACCAAAGCCCCUGUCGAAGAAAGCGUUGGAGGCUAAGAGGAUGAGGGAGGAGAUGAAAAAGACUAAUAAUGAGGAAUUGGCUAGGAUGAGACAAGAGAGGCAGAUGAUGGAGAAGGCUAUUAGAGCUCAAAAGAAAAUUGAAGAAAGACAAAGAAAGAGUGAGAUGAAGAAGGUGAAGUAUGAGGAGUCGUUGCGACAAGCGCGUAGGAAUUAUCAGAACAUGGCGAAUAUGUGGGAAAACUUAGCUAGUGACUCCAAUGUUGCAACCGCACUUGGGUUUGUGUUUUUCUACAUAUUUUAUCGGACAGUUGUGUUGAAUUAUAGGAAACAGAAAAAGGAUUAUGAGGAUAGAUUGAAGAUUGAGAAAGCGGAGGCAGACGAGAGAAAGAAAAUGAGGGAGCUAGAGAGGGAAAUGGCAGGGAUAGAGAGUGGAGAAGAUGAGGAGGAGGAAGGAAAAGGUGAGCAGAAUCCUUAUUUGAAGAUGGCGCAAUUCAUGAAAUCCGGUGCUCGUGUUCGCCGGGCGCAUAGUAAGAGACUCCCUCAGUACUUGGAGAGAGGCAUAGAUGUGAAGUUCACGGAUGUUGCAGGGCUUGGGAAAAUACGGCUUGAGCUUGAGGAGAUUGUGAAGUUUUUCACGCAUGGGGAAAUGUACCGGAGGAGGGGUGUCAAAAUUCCAGGUGGUAUACUUCUUUGUGGUCCCCCUGGGGUGGGGAAGACUUUAUUGGCAAAAGCUGUGGCUGGUGAGGCAGGUGUAAAUUUCUUCUCCAUUUCUGCUUCACAGUUUGUGGAAAUAUAUGUUGGAGUUGGUGCUUCUCGUGUUCGAGCACUCUACCAAGAAGCAAAGGAAAAUGCUCCAUCUGUUGUCUUCAUUGAUGAAUUGGAUGCUGUUGGAAGGGAACGUGGUUUAAUUAAGGGUUCUGGUGGACAAGAGCGUGAUGCUACUCUCAAUCAGCUUCUUGUGUGCUUGGAUGGGUUUGAAGGAAGAGGAGAAGUGAUCACUAUUGCUUCAACAAAUAGACCAGACAUUCUAGAUCCAGCACUUGUCAGACCAGGACGGUUUGAUCGAAAAAUAUAUAUUCCUAAACCUGGGGUAAUAGGUCGCAUGGAAAUUUUGAAGGUCCAUGCUCGUAAGAAGCCAAUGGCUGAGGAUGUGGACUAUAUGGCUGUUGCCAGUAUGACUGAUGGAAUGGUUGGUGCAGAGCUAGCCAACAUAAUUGAGAUUGCUGCUAUCAAUAUGAUGCGUGAUGGAAGAAAUGAGAUUACAACUGAUGACUUGUUGCAAGCUGCACAAAUAGAAGAAAGAGGAUUCCUCGAUAGAAAGGAGAGGAGCCCUGAGAUGUGGAAGCGAGUAGCUAUUAAUGAAGCAGCAAUGGCUGUAGUAGCUGUGAACUUUCCAGAUCUCAAGAAUAUUGAGUUUGUUAAUAUUUCUCCUAGAGCUGGCAGAGACUUGGGUUAUGUCCGUAUGAAAAUGGAUCACGUCAGAUUUAAGGCAGGAAUUCGCAGCCGGCAAUCCCUCUUGGAUCACAUCACUGUUCAACUAGCACCCCGUGCAGCUGAUGAGAUUUGGUAUGGUGAGAGCCAGUUGAGUACGAUAUGGGCAGAAACAGCAGACAAUGCCAGGUCAGCAGCACGGACUUUUGUUCUUGGUGGCCUUUCUGAGAAACAUUACGGGUUAUCUAACUUCUGGGUUGCAGAUCGAAUAAAUGGCAUCGAUGAGGAGGCAUUGCGGAUCUUAAACAUGUGUUAUGAGCGCGCAAAAGAGAUCCUGCAGCAAAACCGAGAACUCAUGGAUGCUGUGGUCAAUGAACUUGUUCAGAAGAAAAGUCUCUCCAAACAAGAAUUCUUUCACCUAGUUGAGUUACACGGAUCCCUCAAACCAAUGCCACAGAGCAUACUUGAUAUUAGGGUUGCCAAGCGUUUGCAGUUCCAAGACAUGAUGAUGAACCAGAAGGAAUCAGCAAUUAGGAGCAAUGAAUGAGUAAGGUGAGCGGACACGAGCUUUUAGGCAGUUAUAAGUUUGAUCACUGUAUUUUGUAGGUUAGGAAUUUUGGGUUUAUCAAAAAAUUUUGUUUUGGGUAAUUAUAAUGUGUACUGAACUGUAAUCUCAAAUACCUCGAAGGCAUUCCAUCUAUGAUAGCCAUCACAUUGUAUGAACCUAUUCUCCUUUGGUUUGUUGUUUUGACAUAAAUCAUGUUAGAAGUCUAACCUUCGAUCUUCUGAGCAAACAAAGAAUUUUGUUUGUGAUAA